AUGGAUGAAGGAAAAAAAGAGGCAAAGGAUGGAAAAAAUGAGCGAAGAGAGAUAAGAGUGCAGGAAGAGAAAAAAAGAAUGGACGAGAAAGAGAAGAAGGGGCAGAGAAAAGAAUGGAUGAAGAAAAAAGAGGAUGCGAAGAGACAAAGAAUGGACGAAAAAAAAAGAAUGGAUGAAGAAAAAAGGAAUGGGUGGAAAAAGAAAAGAAUAGAUGAAAGAAGAAAAGAAGGGGAAAGAGUGAAAAGAAUAGACGAAGAAGAAAAAGAAAGGGCGAAGAAGAAAAGAAUAGACAAAGAAAAAAAAAAAAAGAACGAAGAAAUAAAAGAAAGAAAAGGGCGUAAAGAAAGAAUAGAUGAAGUGCAAAAAAAAAACAAUGGAUGA